AGGUCUCUGCAGCCACCCAGCACACCUGCACGAAGGUAAAGGCAAUGCCCUGAUCGAGACAGGGAGAAACUGAGUCUGAGCAAGACACAGGAGCUCUUGAGCAGCACCUCACCUUCCCCUUGCUGUCAGUCACCUUGCUGGUGUCCUUUGGCUCCUCCAUGCUCUACGGCUACAACCUGGCCGUGGUGAACUCGCCAGCGGUGCACAUAAAGGCUUUCUACAAUGCCACAUGGUCCCAGCGGUAUGGGCACGGGCUGGCCUCUGGCCCCCUGACCCUCCUCUACUCCCUGACCGUCUCCAUCUUUGCCCUGGGCGGGCUCGUGGGCUCCUUGCUGGUGGGGGUGCUGGUGGAGCGGUACGGCAGGAAUGGCGCGCUGAGCCGCAGUGCUCUCCUCGUCCUCCUGGCCGGUGGCUUCAUGGGCUUCAGUCAGGAGCUGGGGUCCCCUGAGAUGGUGAUCAUCGGCCGCUCCAUCACGGGGCUCCACUCAGGUAUCUGUCUCAGCGUGGUGCCCCUCUACCUGGGAGAAAUCGCCCCCAAGAACCUGCGGGGCUUCCUGGGCCUCAUGCCCACCCUCUUCAUCUGCCUGGGGGUUUUCUUUGCGCAGGUCCUGGGCCUCCCAGAGCUGCUGGGCGAGGACAGGUUCUGGCCCCUUUUCCUGUCCGUGGUGGUCAUUCCCGCCUCCCUCCAGCUCCUGCUGCUGCACUGCUUCCCUGAGAGCCCGCGGUACCUGCUGAUAGAGAGGAACGACGUCUGCGGGGCCACCAAGGCGCUGUGCCGGUUCCUGGGGACACCUGACGUGCAGGAUGUGAUCGAGGAGAUGAAGGAGGAGCAGCGGUCGCUCUCCUCUGUGGAAAUGGUCUCUGUCUGGCAGCUACUGCGGGACCGCUCUCUCCGCUGGCAAACCCUCUCGGUGGUGGUGGUGAAUGCUGGCAUGCAGCUCUCGGGCAUCGAUGCCAUCUGGUUUUACACCAACGCCAUCUUCGAGAACGCCGGGAUCCCUGUAUCCCAGAUCCCCUACACCACCGUGGGCACCGGCACCAUUGAAGUUGUUGCUGGGCUGAUCGGGUGCUUCACCAUUGAGAAGUUGGGCAGGCGGCCCCUCAUCAUCACUGGCUUCUGCGCCAUGGGCAUCUGCUCGGCUGGUAUCACCGUCUCCCUGCUGCUGCAGACCACCCUGCCCUGGAUGCACUACGUCAGCGUCACCUGUGUGGUCGGCAUCAUCGCUGGCUUCUGCAUGGGACCAGCCGGCGUCCCCUUCCUGAUGACAGCUGAGCUCUUCACGCAGUCACACCGCCCGGCUGCCUACAUCGUGGGGGGGUCCCUCAACUGGCUCUGCAACUUCACCGUUGGCUUCAUCUUCCCCUUCUUGCAGAUGUCAGCCGGUGCCUUUUGCUACCUGGUUUUCUGCGGCAUCUGCCUCCUGGUGGCCCUGUACGUCUACCUUGUCGUCCCCGAGACCAAGAACAAAACCUUCAUGGAGAUCAGCCACAUCUUUGCCACCCGCCGCUCCUUCCUCUCCAUCCCGGCACACAUCAUAGGGAUGACAAAGCUCAAUGGCUACGGGGCCUUGGAGAGCAGCUCCCUGGAGGGUUCGGGCUCCAGCCUGCCCUGA